UCUGUUUCAACAGAGUAGCUGCUUGAGUCCUUCUCUCAUCGACAUUACCUUAAAAUGUUCCUUACUCGGUCCGAAUAUGACCGUGGUGUCAACACGUUCUCCCCGGAAGGACGGCUCUUUCAAGUCGAGUAUGCCAUUGAAGCUAUCAAGCUCGGUUCAACAACAGUCGGUGUUCGCACACCCCAUGGAGUUGUACUAGGCGUAGAAAAACGCGUACAAUCUUCGUUACUUGAAUCUUCGUCGAUAGAGAAAAUCGUAGAGAUCGACUCGCACGUUGGGUGCGCUAUGUCUGGUCUUGUUGCGGACGCACGCACGAUGAUUGACCAUGCACGCGUCACUGCGCAAAACCACGCGUUUACGUAUGAUGAACCCAUCAAAGUUGAAAGUGUAACUCAAGCUGUGUGUGAUCUGGCGCUGCGCUUCGGUGAGAGCAUACACGACGAGGAAGCUAUGAUGAGUCGACCCUUCGGUGUAGCGCUUUUGAUUGCAGGAUUCGACGAGAACGGGCCGCAACUGUUCCACACAGAUCCCUCAGGGACCUUUAUGCGAUACGAUGCAAAAGCUAUUGGUUCAGGUUCCGAGGCCGCACAGAGCGAACUACAAGACAAGUGGCAUAAACAAAUGACGCUCCUGGAAGCACAAAUUUUAACCCUUAGAAUUUUGAAGCAAGUCAUGGAAGAGAGAUUGGACCAACAUAACGUCCAAUUAGCACAGGUGACGCAGGAGAAUGGUUUUGAAAUCUUAGACGAGACGACACUCCAGUCGGUAAUUGAACAAAUGUAACUUUCUCGUUUGGUAUUAUA